AUUGAGUCUACCAAGAAGCCAUACCAUCAUCUCUGGGCGAUGGAAAAAUGUUAUAAAGUCUUCAGGAUAGACCCCAUCUUACUGCUGCAAUUCACGCUUCCCAUUAUCAAACUUGGUAUUAUCCGUCAAAAUGAACGCUCUCAUCUCUCUCUCUAAGGCUGGACUCCUUGUCACCUUGGUGUCCGCCGCUGCUGCCGCAUCAUGCUCUACAGAGUCUGGUUUUGAAGUGACAUUCUAUGGAUAUCCUGACAACUCCCCCCCUGGUGCGGAUAUCUCGUACGAUUGCGGUCGUGGCUACACUGCGGGCGGCACCGGUACCCACAAUGAUCCCCUUACCUUCGCUACGGCCCCUGGUGAAUUCAGCAAGUGCCAGGUCAUCUAUUCCCCGUAUCUUCAGAAGUAUCUCCGCUUUGAAGAUGAGUGCGAGCAGUGCACCAGCGACUAUCACGAUGGAAAGCUGCACAUCGACAUCUGGACCGGUUCCAGCACCUCCGAUGGCGGUAGCAAGCAGCUCUCUUGUGAAGAUUCUCUGACUCCCUCGGCAUCUCAAAUUGUUGUGCUCAACCCACCAAGCACCUUGGCCGUCAACUCUGGCGCCCUAUUCUCCUCCGGAACUUGCCAUACUUCCAACACCUAUCCGUCCGCAUCCCGGUCGAAAUCGACCUACUGCAGCGGUUCUUCCUCCUCACCUGGCUCCGGCGGCACUACCUGCGCCUGGGAAGGUCACUGCGAAGGCACUCCCUGCUCCAGCGAUAAUGAUUGUUCCGACCCUUGGUCCUGCAAGAGCGGCGUUUGCGCUUAA